AUGACGGCUGAGCCGGUCGAGCGUCGCGUGGCUGCAGGCGAAGGCGGGGCAACUCGCGGUAAAAUCCGAGGACCAGGGGCUAGCGGCAGUGACCGCGAGGGACCUCCAGGCAGCCGAGCCGUGACCAGAGGGAAGAGCCCGCAGCAGCGUGAGCGUCUCGGCUCGUGCUCUCGCAGUCGGGGCAGAGCGCGUGCGCUGCCCCCAGCGGCCGGGCGCAUCCUCAUGACGCCAUCAGCGCACGCCGCUUUGACUUCCGGGCGCGAGCUUCGCCAAAAUAGGCCCCGGGAAGCUUCCGUCUCCGGACCUCCGUGGCCGGGAGCUGAGGGAGGCCCUUGUGGUCUGCGGCCAUGGCCCUCGCCGCUCACCAGAAGCGACCCUUCUCCUGGCCCUGGCGUGACCUGGUCCGACCCGCAGGAUAAGCCCUCGUAUCACGAUCGCGAGCAUUUCCCCCCAUUACAACCCCGGGGGAGUCUGCGGGCACCGAGAGGAGGGGCUGACUCGCCAGGGUCAUCGGCAGCGGCGGUGGGGGGAGGGGACUCCGAUGUGCGGUCAAGUGUGUAG